ACGUUGUAAUAUAAAUAGACGGACGCUCCUCUCUUCUCCCUUCAAAGAAUCCCUUCUUUGAAUUUUGCAAGCCUGGCGUACGAAAACGAGGUCGUCUUUGGAUUGGAGGACUGUGCACGGAUCCGGAUCGUCCAUCAGGUUAAGGCACCUCAUCGGCAGUCCGUACAGGAGGAGACAUGGCUUCCAUCAAUCUUUCUAGCCCGACAACAGAUCUCUCUCGUUCCCAAGGGUACAACUUCAAGGAAUUCCGAGGUCUGCGCUUCAUGAACCCACUUGCAGCAUAUAGGAACACUUCAAAUUUUGCAUCAAUCAGUCUGAGGAAAACAUCAUCGCUGAGUCUUAGGAGUAAUGGUGGGGCAAGAGCUGCACAGAGUAGUUUUACUAACGAAGAGGCUGAUCUAUCUACCAGUAGCGGAAUGCAAGCUGAUGCAGUAGCCUUUGGAACAAUCGCAGCAGACAUUACUCCUGCAACUGACGAUUUUUUCACUGACAAUGAUGAAUUCGAUUUGGAUUCUCCAACAGAAGGAUUUGCCUCAAUUUCAGAGGCCAUUGAAGACAUCCGCCAAGGCAAGUUUGUGAUUGUUGUCGACGAUGAAGACAGAGAAAAUGAGGGAGAUCUUAUAAUGGCUGCAUCCUUGGUAACCCCAGAAGAUAUGGCUUUUAUUGUAAAGCAUGGAACCGGAAUCGUGUGUGUGAGUAUGAAAGAAGAAAACCUAGAGAGGUUACAACUUCCGUUGAUGGUGGCAACGAAAGAGAACGAGGAGAAACUGUCUACCGCAUUCACAGUGUCAGUGGAUGCGAAAGUGGGUACAACUACUGGGGUGUCAGCUAAAGAUAGGGCGAGUACGAUUCUGGCUCUUGCAUCUCGUAAUUCAAAGCCUGAGGAUUUCAACCGUCCGGGACAUAUAUUUCCCUUGAAGUACAGGGAGGGGGGUGUUUUAAAAAGAGCUGGACACACCGAAGCUUCUGUUGAUCUUGCUAUGCUGGCAGGCUUAGACCCUGUUGCAGUACUAUGUGAGAUUGUUGACGAUGACGGUUCCAUGGCUAGACUGCCAAGGCUCCGUGAAUUUGCGGAAAAAGAGAAUUUGAAAAUUAUAUCAAUUGCUGACUUAAUCAGGUAUCGGAGGAAGAGAGAUAAACUGGUGGAGCGAUCUGCUGUUGCUCGCAUACCCACUAAAUGGGGGCCAUUCCAAGCCUACUGUUAUCGGUCACAGCUAGAUGGAAUUGAACACAUAGCCAUGGUUAAAGGUGAUAUCGGGGAUGGGCAAGAUAUUCUUGUGAGGGUACAUUCCGAAUGCCUCACCGGAGACAUAUUUGGGUCAGCCAGGUGUGACUGUGGGAACCAGUUGGCCCUUGCCAUGGAGAAGAUUGAAAAAGCUGGUAGGGGUGUAUUAGUGUACCUUCGUGGACAUGAAGGAAGGGGCAUUGGUCUUGGCCACAAGCUCCGUGCAUACAACCUGCAGGAUGAUGGGCGUGACACUGUGGAAGCCAACGAGGAACUGGGGCUGCCUGUUGAUUCACGGGAAUAUGGGAUUGGUGCACAGAUGUUACGGGACUUGGGUGUUUGGACGAUGAAGCUGAUGACCAACAACCCCGCAAAGUACAUUGGCCUCAAAGGUUAUGGAUUGUCAGUAAGUGGCAGGGUCCCCUUAUUAACACCAAUUACAUUGGAGAACAGAAGAUACCUAGAGACCAAGCGUUUGAAGAUGGGCCAUGUCUAUGGGUCUGAAUUCAACGGCCACUUGAAUGGUUUGAUCAAUAGGACCGACAUCAGCACUCAACAACACGUAUCAUGAGGCGUGUGCCUGGGUAGGACUGCCGGUGUCACGCUUAUAACAAUCCAGAAAUAUGGAGGUUGAGUAUUAAAAAAAAAUCAAUAUGAUUUUUAAUUGCACGAGUAUAGAGUUUUGGAUAUCAUGCCUCUUGUCUGGACGAUAUUGAUUUUUUUAAUUUUUUAUUUAAUGUUAGGGACAACUGAAAUAAUAUGAUUUUUAUUGGCUGAAUCUUCAGAUGAAAAAUUCCAUUGGAGGUUCGUCUGAAAUGUCUUAAAUUUGAA